AUGGAUAUGGAUAUGGUGACUGCUGUGGCUACGUCGUCAACUUCAAUGGUGAUGAGUAUGGCUACCAGCACGGCAGCGGCAUCUGCUGCAACAACAGCAAUGGCAAUGUCCAUGGGCGGAUCCACAGGAUGCAAACUCUCAAUGCUCCUGAAUUGGAACACAAUAGACGCCUGUUUCCUCUUCUCCGCCUUCCACAUUCGCUCCUCCUUCAAUUUUUUCCUCGCCUGCCUAGGCUCCUUCCUUCUCGUCAUAUCCCUUGAACUCCUCCGAAGAUUCCAGCGAGAAUUCGAUCGGCACUUGCAAGCCCGCAAAAGCGUUCGACAAGAAAAGGAAUAUGUUUUACCUGAAGAGAUGGAAGAGAAAUUACUGGACAAAGGAGGAGAAGGGGGCGAUUUGAGGAAGGAACGGAAGGAGAGAUUGGUGGUGGUGAUGUUGGAGCAGAUCUUGAGGGGUCUGAUACAUAUGGUGCAGUUUUCUGUUAGUUAUUGUAUAAUGCUUUUGUUUAUGUAUAGCAAUGGGUAUAUUAUCACGUCCAUCAUAUUCGGGGCUUUGGUGGGCUUUGCAUUAUUCACAAGAGAUACUUUGCACUCUCCAACUGACGACAUCGACGACCGGGAAAAGGCAUGCUGUUAA